AAAAUGAUCUCAAGCCCACCUCGCAGUGCUCAAGUCGCCAAUUGUCGUUUACAUGGGCGGGCUGACGCGCACAACACGAUAGUCUGUGCUGUAUAUAUCUGGAUGUCGACUUGUGGGAAAAAUAGUUAGCUAAGCUUAUCUUCGGAGAAUGUUGUAACAGGGAGGAACCUUGUAUCGUAGUGCGAAAUAGUAAAGUGCUAACAGUAUUCAUGAAUGUGCUCACGUAACUAUACGUACAGUGACCACACAUUAAUCUUUAAACAAAUUAAAAGCGCAUUUCAUCGAGUUUUGGUGCAUUAAAUGGAGGAGAAGAAGGAAGACGGGGACUCGGAGAUACAGGAACACGGACCCGAGCACUGGUUCUCAAAAUGGGAGCGGCAGUGUUUGGCCGAAGCGGAGCAAAGGGAGCCGAGCGAGGAAGAGGCCGACAAUGACCAAGAUAAACUGUGGCAUCUCUUCCAGAACUCCGCUACUGCUGUGGCACAGUUAUACAAAGAUAGAGUAUGCCAUCAGCAGGGCCUUUCAUUGUGGGUGCCAUUUCAGAACUCUGCAACAGCAGUUACCAACCUCUACAAAGAAAGUGUGGAGGCCCAUCAGAGAAGCUUUGAUCGGGGUAUCCAGAUAGGCCACCAACGGCGUAACAAGGACAUGUUGGCUUGGGUGAAAAAGCGUCGGAGAACCAUCCGUAGGGAGGAUCUUAUCAGCUUUCUAUGUGGCAAAGCACCACCACACAGGAGUAGCAGGGCUAACCCCCGGCUGGCCAUGGUGGCCCCUAGCCGGGCCAAUUCACCAGCUGAGACUGGCUCAUCUGUGGAAGCAGACCUCCAGCCCUUCAGGGAGGCCAUAGCGCUGCAUGGUCUGAGCGGAGCCAUGGCUAGUAUCAGUGUGCGCUCUGGUGCUCCAGGGUCUCCCACACAUGUGAGUGGGAGCAGCAGUAAUGGAGGCGGCGCUGGUGGAGGUGGUUCUUCUGGCUCAGGGCCAGUGUGCCGCAGCAGACGUAACGGGCUUCAAGACGUCGACCUGAACACUUUCAUUUCAGAGGAGAUGGCACUGCAUCUGGACUCCACAGGCUCUGCCUCUGCUGGAGGGGGAGCGACCAGGAAACGAAACUCCACCCAGUGUAAUGAUGUCAUCACAGACUCCCCUACACACAAACGCAACAGGAUGAUCUGACCUGCUGUCUGCAUAUAUGUGUGUGAGGGGGUGGAGGAGAGAAUCCUUCAAAGCUAGGAGAGGGAGAUGGAUGGGCCUAUGGGGGACAGAUGUGCAGAUUGACAGACAGAUGUCCGGAUACCUGGCUGUGCAAAAGAACUCUGAAAAUGAAACAAGGACUGAAGUUCUCAGUUCGGUCUGUUCAGAUGUUGGAUGAAUUCUGUUCCUUGUCACCUUUCCUCACACUAUUACUACAAAUCACGAUCUGCAGUCACAACACUUGAAUGAGCGUGUGUGUGGGUGACUGGGAGGUCUGGACAACAUCACGCAAUCUUUGGACAUCGGUGAUCUGGAAAGGAGACGACGAAGGAAGUCACCAACUCAUUCUGAAAUGCAAACAGUCCUCAGAGGGGUGAAAAUGCACUGUGCUGCUUGACAAGUAAAAGCCACUUGAUCCUUGACACAUUUGUGCCCUUCCCUCCUUUAACAUCUCUCAUCCUCACUCAACACCUUAAAUAAGGAAGUGAGGGCCAUUAUCAAAUCGUCUCACGCAGUGAAACAAGUUGCUCGCCAUAUGUUGGACCCACCUCUGUCAGAGACUCACUUCUGCGUCAAGCAACCACCACCUGUUCUUUCUGUUACGUCAUCAUUGCAGUUUUCACUUGAUGUCGCCUAUCAGUGGUGGAGCUAACCCAUAGGAGUACAUCUGUGGUGUCAUCUGCCAGUAGAAUUUCACUGGCUACCCUUUUUGACGGCAUGUACCUACCAAUAGCAGGCCAUUGAAGUUUGGACAUUAAGACCUUAUUCUCUGCUAAUUACUCUGCUUCGACGGUGGCUUGAUUUAGUUCAGCCAGUUGCCCUUUUUGUUUUUAGUUCUUCCACAACCAGUGUUAAAAUUAAAAACUAGGUUUGUUGCCACUGUUUUCAGCAGUGAUAGCCAAGUUAAUUUUGCAUUCUUUCUCCACCUUGCUAUUUUUGUUGUUUUUUGAGGAUAAUGAAAAGGAAAAUUUUUCUUUUUUAUCUGUGUGUAUUCAGCUUCUCAGAGAGCCUGUUUGCUGACUGCGGUGCUCUCUCCCCCCUUUACCCUAGUUUUAUUACAAAUGCAGCUGCUCUUUUAUGUGAUCUUGUGAUUAUUCGAUUGAGUUGCAAUAAGGAUUUUUGCACUUAGCUUUCACCUCUGACUCAUGCAAACAAAUCGGCUCUUCCAGUGUAUCCCAGUCGUAGCCUUGUCCGACCCUAACCAGGCCCACGCGGUGGUUGGUCCACCACUAGUUGGUGCUCUGAAAAAUUAAACACUUAGAUGGAUGAAGCUCUCUUGCACACCUCUGGUUCCAACAACUCUUCAAGAGUAUGUGAUUGAGUUGUGGAGCGUUCCUGCACAUGGGCUCUACUUGUACUCAGAGACUCAUUCUUUCCCUGUUUGACAAAUGAUUUAAUCGAUCAGAAAAUAAUUGGUGCUGUAAACAAAGCAAAAACCACAGAAAUGUUCUCACAAAGGUAGCGUCUGGAUAAAUUGGCUGUAAUGUUAAUGACACUGUCUGCUUUUUGUAUAAGGGGUUUGUGCAUUAAUAAGACGUGGAUGAGUUUGAUUUUACUCGGUACAGGAUGAUGCAACUUGGCUCGUUUCCUUUUUGAAAUGGUUGUUGCCUUCCAUCCUUCUGUAAGGGAGUUGAGUAGGAGACGCUGAUAUCACAUUAGUCAGAAGUUUGGGUAUAUUAAAACAGUUUAAGUAAUGUUAACUGGUGCUGUACUGAUUCUGGCUUAUUUUAGGGUCUUAAGGAAAGAUUACUGGAGUUAAAUCUAAGCUUGUUUGUGGGCGUAUUAAACUCAAUUGUUGGGAUAUGCUUUUUUUUAAGCAUAGAAAACUAACAGAGUGUAAAUGAUUAAUAAUAAGACAACUCAAUAUUUGUUUUAAACCAAUGCUAAGUAUUUCCAGUGAUGCCCUGUUGUAGUAGUGAUACAGUAAUUUAUCAGUGAGUUGGUGGGGCUGUAAACCCAUCAGUUUGACCUGUAAUACCCACUGCAGCUGACUUGUGGGAUGUCAAUGUUUCCUUCUCUUUUUUUCGCAGUUUUUGUUGACUUCUUCACUCCCCUUUAUGACCUGGAAAAUGGGUUUUCUUUUUUUUUUUUUUUUUGUUUUUGUAUGACGAAAUACCAGUUUUUAACUUCUGUUACAUUUUGGUCACAGAUUUCAUUUUUUCAUUCAUAGGUUUUAUAUUCAUACAUAAUUCCUGGCUUGUGGGUGAAAGAAAAGAACCAGGCUGAGAUAUGUUGAUUCUGUCCAAAGUAACGAAGAGUUCUUGCUUACGAGUGAAACCACUGAAUCAGACUGAUGAAAAUGUAACCCUCAUAUCAGGAAAGGGAGAGCUGAUUUGCCUACAGAGAGCCUGUGAUUACUGUGAAAGAGGGUAACAAGUAAUUCAUGGUGAGCACAUGUCAGUCUUGGUUUAAAAAUGUUUCUUUUUGCCAAAAAAAUAAAGGAAAGCAAUGUCUCCCAAGUUCUGGAUAGUUUAAGCAACCACAGGCCUGAAUAAUUAACAUAGGAAAUAAACAUGACUCUUAAAGGGACUUUGCCUGAAAGUCACAUUUCAUGUCCAUCAUAGUCUUGGACUCUGGGACCUGGCAGGGUGCUCAUGGUGGGAUAUGGUGUCUGGGGAGCCUGAAGAGGAUUGGAGAUGGAGUGGCUCUUGAGGACCGACCUGUCAGCUUGUCCACAUGCUCCUCAUUCAAUUAGAGGAAUGCAUUUAGAAUAUCUUAGUUGUUUUUCUUACUCCAGACACAUCACUUACAUUCGUGUCCAACACUCCACAUUGGCAACGGUAGUAUUCAUCAUUAAAUGACAACCCCCCCCCCCCCCCCCAACACACACACCCCACUUGGUCCUAUUGUUGACGCAAAGACAACUGGAUUGCUUUCUGUUUUCCUCAGUGUAGCAGCUACCAACAAGAGAAGGAAAAAGUUUGCGUUUAUUCAUUCAUUUAGACUAAUGGAGACCUGAAAACAAAUAGAGAGACUGUCAGCCUGACUAUUGUCCCUAGUCAGCUUUCAUUCUCACAGGAGAUUUUGUGCCCAGGGGCAGACUAAAUUACAUAGUGAAAGCAGUGUUUAUGGAGAACAGACUAAUUGCUGAUCUCAUUAUUCUGUUGACGUUACAUUGUACAGUCUACAUCUAUUGCAUAAUGGUGGAAAAAAAACCUGGCUUUUUCCAGUUGAAAGGGAAGAUGUGAAGUGUCUGGAGAUGAGAAAAGUGGACUUUCAGAAUAUCCAUACCUCCCCAAGUCUUGACUAAAGAGUCGGAUACAAGCAGGAUUGUUCUUGUCUUUCCAUACCCACUGCUCAACCUGCAGUGUUGACCCCCAGUCUGGAUAUAAUAGAGGGGGCACUUUGUGUUUUUUCUUUCUUUUCUCUUUUUUUUUUCCUUGAGCCAGUCACCGGCCUUCAUCCCCAUUGUUUCAAAAGGCUGCCUCAUGCCACGUGUCUCUGGAGCCAACACUAUUAUCAGCUGUUUCUUGAUACUUAUUUGUUUAAGAAGUAAUAAAUGGCUAACUAUAUACUUAACAUUGUUGGUAUGAUAUAUGUGGUUCACAUUGUAAAAGAAAUAAAACCAUUCAGUUGCAGUUUGAUGGACUGUUUCAUUAAAAAGAAAAGAAAAUAA